GCCAUUGCUUUAAAUUGCACCAGCAGUCAGCCCCACGUGCUUUAGUUCUUGUCAUGUGACGUCACAGCGCUCAUUGGGUGCCAUCAAUUCUUUACCAGCUGUUCGCGAUUAAAGUGACAUUCAUGGGGGAAAACAACACCAACACGAGCAGGGUUUUACUGGAUUAAUGCCUUAGGAAUUAAGUUCUAUUUAGCAAGUUAGCGGUUUUGCUUUGUUGUUUGUUUUAUUUCGAAUCGCACCGUAUUAUAUAUACAGAGACAUGGCCCUUAUUGACAACGGGUGCGUUUGUUAUCGAUGAUUCUAUAGUUUUGUUGCGGUUUGGGGAGAUUGGGAGUCUGUUUUAGCGGCUGAAAACUCAUUUUAGAGGAAUAGUGCUGAAAAAAAAGGUAGAAACGUGUGACAGAGAGACCAGCAAAGCAGCCAUGAUAACGUCAACUCCUGAGACUUCAGCCGGCCGACCUUCACGCUCCGGCCGCCGCAGCGCCGCCACUGCCGCGGCCGCAGGAGGCUCUCCGUCCUCCGUAAGUCCGACCCGCAUAAGUCGCUUGCAGGAGAAAGACGACCUGCGACAGCUCAAUGACCGCCUCGCCAAUUACAUUGAGCGCGUGCGGCAGCUCGAGAAUGACAAAUCAUCCAUGCGUCUCCUUCUAGAAGAGAAAGAAGAGACCACGAGCCGGGAGCUGAAGAACGUGAGACUGUUGUAUGAAACUGAGCUGGCAGACGCUAGAAAAACUCUAGACAAUACAGCGAAUGAGAGAGCCAGGCUUCAGAUAGAGUACAGCCAACUGUGUGAAGACCAUCGCAAGCUAGUGACCAGGAAUAACAAGAAAGAAUCUGAGCUGAGCAACGCAGUGGAGCGCUGGAGGAAUCUUGAAGCCGCACUGAACUCCAAAGAGGCAGACUAUGCUACUUUAUUAGCAGCUAACCGCAGGCUGGAAAACGAUGUUGCAGACCUCACAACACAAGUGGAAAAUCUGGACUCAGCCUUGCAGAAUGCCAAAGCUCAGGUUAAUUCAGAGAUGCUUCGUCGAGUUGACUCAGAGAACCAGAUGCAGACCCUCCAAGAGCAAAUGGAGUUUCAGAAGCAGCUCGGUGAACAGGAAGUUAGGGAGAUGCGGAGUCGAUACGAGAGUCGUCUGGUGGAGGUGGAUUCAGGAAGGCAGAAGGAGUUUGAGAGCAAGUUAGCAGAGGCCAUGCAACAGCUACGACAAGAGCAUGAGUCCCAGAUCCAGCAGUAUAAAGAGGACCUGGAGCGCAACUUUAACUCUAAGCUGGAAAAUGCCAAGCAGGUGGCCUUGAAGAACAGUGAUUAUGCCACCUCUACCAGAGAAGAGCUGGAAGGGACCAGAAUAAAAGUGGAGUCCCAGUCCAAGCAGAUAAACUGCCUGCAGAAACAGAACCGGGAGCUGGAGGCACGCGUGCAGGACCUGGAGCGUGCUCUGGAUCGCGAGAGGCAGCUCAGCCAACAGCGGCUCUCCCAAAAGGAGCAGGAGAUGGCCGACAUGAGGCAGCAGAUGCAGGCACAGCUCGAGGAGUACCAGAGUCUGCUGGAUGUCAAACUCAUGCUGGACAUGGAGAUCAAUGCCUACCGCAAGAUGUUGGAGGGAGAGGAGAAACGACUCAAUCUUUCCCCAAGUCCCUCUCAGCACGCUCCCAUCUCCCGCACACAUGUCCAAGCCACACGAAAGGCCUGGGGAAAGAAACGUAAACAUGAGGGUGGGACAGGUCUCUCUCCGAGCUACAAAUUGUCUCAGCACUCGUCCACCCGUGGCUGCGUGUCCAUCGAAGAGAUAGACCUUGAUGGAAACUUCAUAAGGCUCAAGAACAACUCUGACCAUGAUCAGCCACUAGGAGGCUGGGUAGUGAGGAGGAGUCAACCAGGAGGACCUGACAUCACCUUUAAGAUCCCUUCAUCGCACACUCUGGCUGCUGGGCAAACACUGACGAUUUGGUCAGCAGGAGCACGAGCAGAGCAGAAACCCCUUUGUGAUCUGGUGCUGAGAAGCCCAAAGUCGUGGGGAGCUGUGAGCGAUGUCCGAGUGUCUCUUCUCAAUCAGUACAAUGAAGAGACUGCAGAGCGCUGUGUGGUGCGACUGCAGGGUCAAACAGAUGAAGACUUGGACGAGGAUCUGGAUGAAGAGAGCGGCGUUGGAUCCGAAAUUCACCUCCGCCGGCAGGGUUAUGUGCCAAGUCAGGAGGCCAGCUGUGUAGUAAUGUAACUGCCAUCUACACCUGAUGUCUGCGGUGGAGUCAGAUGUAGACAUGCCAUGCCAAAUCUUUCACACAAAGUGUUUCAUAUAUCUAUGUAACCAUCAUGCCCUGAAAUGGUUUCUCGUAGCAACAAUUUCUGUUUCUUAUUCCAGGGCCCAAGACUACGACCCGAGAAGGAACAUAAAGCCCUCAUUUCAUUCACAUGAACAUAUUAAAUGAGGUGUAUUGGGCUAAAUCAAGACCAGCAAUAAUAGUCUGCAAACUUUUCUUGCUUGGUCUUUGGAAGGUCCGUUCCUCCCUAUUUAUUGUGCCUUGGCAUGCCGCGUUAUCUUUUCUUUUGCACUUUGCUAUAAUUGCACAUUACACAUGCUCAUGUUAAGCUCAUGGGACGGUUUGUACGAGUCUUCAGAUGUAGGGAACAGUUCCUGAAGACUAACAUGGUAGACAGCUGUUGAACAUGUAGCGUUGCAGGAUUUUGGAUUUGAGAGAAAAACAUUUCCUGUAAUUUUUCUUAGUUAUGUACGCAAACGACUGUGACCCUGUAUCUUUUGUCACAUGUUAAUUGGUUAUAAAUUUAAUUUGUUCUCAUAAUUUAAUCAGUGUGCUGACAAAAGCCUUAAUCAGAAUUUGUCAGAGGAACUUUUUUGCACGUUUUCCCCACUUUUGAAGUGAAACAUGCCAGAACAUCUAAGCAGAACACCUAGAGACCUCAAGAAGAACUGAUUGUCAAUGUUGUCUAUUUGUUUAGAACCCUAAAGUAUCCAAUUUUAUAUAUAUAAAUUUAAUAAAGAAUAUGCUGUAAUGGA